GCUGUAUCUCGAAAUCUACCGAGAAUUCCCAUUCGACGCUCAACCACCCACGGCAGCAUCAAAUCGCUGCCGAUUGAGGGCUAUCCCGCUAACAACAAGUCCAACCUCGAUUAUAUCAUCCAAGCCUUUAAUCGCCAUGCCGACACCUGAAUCCGAGGCCUUCCUGGCCAAGAAACCUACAGUCCCUCCCACCUUCGCCGGUGUCGACUUCGACGAUAACAAACGAUUGAAACAAGCGCAAGACGCCAUAAUCCGAGAACAAUGGGUCGGCGUCAUGAUGGGCCGACUGGUGCGAGAGGAGCUGAGCAAAUGCUACUACCGCGAGGGUGUUAACCACCUCGAGAAGUGCGGUGCUCUAAGAGAAAAAUACCUCCAGAUGCUCAAGGAUGUCCGCGUACAGGGUUACAUGUUCGAGCAACGACACGUCGCCCGCUCACGAGUGCUCAAGGAUGGAACGGAGCAAAUAGUAGACACGGAGCUGAGGCAGGCGAAGUAACGGAGCGAGAAGCCAUGAAUGCAUGCUCUGAACAGAGGGUCUUUAUAUGAGGCCAAUCUGGUGCAAUGGGAACUUCUUCCACACCUAUGAUAUUGUACAUAAUUGCUUCCGAAGCCCGGCCUGUCAAAAACAAGAAAUCCAAUCGAAUUGCCAUGUUUUAUUCGUGAAAUUAAUAUCCAUAGACAUUAUUCGUAUAUUACCUAGUAGCACGUACCAAGAUACCUGAU